AUGACUGAUGAAUACCAUGCUCUUAUCAAGAAUGAGACAUGGGAAUUAACACCGAGGUUGCCAAACAUGAAUGUCAUUCGAAGCAUGUGGUUAUUUAAACACAAGUUUAAAUCUGAUGGGUCGUUAGAACGUUACAAGGCGAGGCUAGUGUGUGACGGUCGCCUUCAGCAGGUUGGUAUUGAUUGUGGAGACACUUUUAGUCCGGUUGUUAAACCGGCAACCAUACGUACGGUACUAUCCAUUGUUUUGUCACAAAAUUGGAAAAUAUAUCAGCUAGACGUUACGAAUGCGUUUUUGCAUGGUCACUUACAAGAGACCGUAUACAUGUAUCAACCCAUGGGGUUUCGGAAUAAGGAUUUUCCGAAUCAUGUCUAUCGGCUUAAGAAGUUCUUAUACGGUUUGAAACAGGCACCAAGGGCGUGGUAUCAACGGUUCACUGAUUAUGUUAUCACCUUGGGGUUCGUGCAAAACACCUUACGGGCCACUCUCUUGUCUCAUCUAGCGUCCGAGUUUGCUAUGAAAGAUCUCGGGCCCCUUAGCUUCUUUCUCGGCCUCUCAGUAAAGAGAUACAAAAGCACCAUGUUCCUCUCACAGCAAGCAUAUGCACAGGAAAUCAUUGAACGAGCGGGCAUGUCCUCCUGUAACCCAGUGCACACACCUAUUGACUCCCACUCCAAGCUUAGUUCGGCCUUUGGCACCGAUUUUCACGACCCCACUCUAUAUCGUAGUCUCGCAGGUGCCCUUCAGUAUCUGACGUUCACCAGGCCAGACAUCAGUUAUGAGGUCCAGCAAAUCUGUAUCCACAUGCAUGCCCCAAAAACCGGCCAUUGGAAUGCCCUCAAACGUAUAAUUCGGUACAUUUAUGGCACUACUACUUUCGGCCUGACACUUGGUCCUUCUAAAGACCCACACUUAAUUGCUUAUACUGAUGCCGAUUGGGCCGGUUGCCCUGACACACGACGUUCUACUAGUGGGUUCUGUGUUUAUUAUGGUGAUAAUUUGCUAUCAUGGUCUUCGAGAUGCCAAGCAACGAUCUCUCGUUCUAGUGCAGAGGCUGAAUACCGUGGCAUUGCCAAUGUUGUUGCCGAACGUAUUGGCGAUAUACUUGCAUCGUUAGCGGGUUGGUAA